UAGCGGUGAAGAACAAAAAGUAUGUAAUACAUAACCUUGGUAUUAAAAAAAUGGGUCACAUAUAUCAAUAAUCGAAAUGGCGAGAUCGAUGUGCAUAAUGCGUAGGGCUUUGAAGUGGGGGGUGAUCUUAUUUGUACUUGCGGCGGCGUCAGGUACAACAAUAUACCAAGCAUGCGUACCGUAUGAGGGUGAAUACGGCAUUGCAUGCGUCUGUAGCAAUGUAGUGUGUGACAAUAUUGAGCCUCUACACUUGACGGCUAAUAUUUCUGCCAACACGGCGGUUGCAUACACUUCCUCGCUUGGGGGAAAACGACUGGUGAGAUCAACUAUAAAUAAGACUUCAAGCGGUGCGAAUGGUGCAGGUAGCUUAUCGGAUGGCAAUGUGACUGUGGUUGCUUUGAAUCUCACACAUACACAUCAAACAAUUUUAGGGUUUGGUGGGGCUAUAACUGAUGCAACAACCGGGCUGGUAAAUGGACUCGACAAUAAUACGUUCCAUAAUUUUCUUCAUAGUUACUGGGGCCCUGCCGGCGUGGGCUAUGCCAUGGCUAGAAUUCCCUUGGGAAGUACAGACUUCUCACGGCACAGCUACACGCUCGCACCAGUGGAGAACGACUUGGAUCUUAUUUCAUUCGCAUUACGUGACGAUGCAGGCAACGUGGGGUAUGACUACAAAGUAGGUCUGGCCAAACACGUGGUUGCUAUGCAACCAGCGACUAAGUUUCUUUUUGCGCCGUGGUCGGCCCCGGUGUGGAUGAAGUCGUGCAAUACGAGUAUACCUCCCAGGGGUAGGAACUAUUGUGGUGGCGAGGGCGACGAAAGUUCGGUACCUACGUAUUUGUUCGGUGGGUUUAGCACUGAUAGCAGAACUCGUGCAUCGUAUGCACAGUACUUUGUAAAGUUUAUCCAGGCGUAUGCCGAGCUAGGAGUGAGUUUCUGGGGACUCUCGGCGCAGAACGAACCGGAAGGUAACCCGACUGGGAACAAAUGGGAAAACACCAACUGGCUGCCAGAUGACCUUGUGAGUUUCACCGAGGACUAUCUUGGCCCUGCACUCGAGGCAGCUGGUUUGGGCCAUUUGUCCAUUAUGACUGGUGAUGGGCAGUUUCCACAAGCCACCGAGUAUGGGAAUGCGUCCUAUGGGGUGGGGUCUAGCGGGAAGAAUGGGAGUUAUAUCGAUGGUAUAGCAUACCACUGGUACAACUCACUCGAUGGUAUGCGGGAGGAUGGUGAGGCGAUACUGGGCGGCCUGGCCGGGGGGGGCAUAGAGAUACGCAAUACAUACGAAUUGUACACAUUAGAGAAUAACGAAGUCAAUCCAGGGUAUUUGCUGAGUACAGAAGCAUGCACCGGUACUAUCCCCGGUGGUCGGUUCCCAAAAGUGGGCGACUGGAGUCGAGGGUACGCCUACACGCGUGACAUACUACACCAGCUGAACAACGGCGGUGUGGGGUGGCUUGACUGGAACUUGGCACUGAAUACCGAAGGUGGCCCAAACCAUGCGAACAAUACCGUUGACUCACCGGUGAUUGUGCUAAAUGAGACGCACUUCGUCAAAAACCCAAUGUUUUACUCGAUGGGACAUUUCUCGAAGUUUGUGGUGCCCGGCAGCAAGAGACUGGACGUGGCGGGGCUGGUAGAUUCAGUAGUGGGGGCAAAUGGCCUGGAAGUAGUGGCCUUCAAGACGCCUACGACUAGCUCGGAGACCAUAUACAAGCCUGAUACAUCCACGGGUACAAAUACAGCCACAGCCACAGAUACUGGCACCGGAACACAGUCAGAAACAGAGGUACACACGGGUGAGGAGUGCAGUGCGUGUGUGGUGGUGGUACUCGCAAAUGACCGGUACACUGGUGAUAUGCGGCCACCCAUCGUGCCUGUAACGGCAAGGAUUGAAGUGGGGGAUACGGUGGUUACUACGACUGUGGGGAGCAACGAGGUCCAGACGAUUGUGUUUAAGCCCUGAGCGUGUUACCCUUGUCUUGUAAGUACAAGGGGAGGGGGUUGGCAGGGAUUGGGUUGGUGUCAUCGAGACCACUCGUUGUGUUGUGUCCAAAACAUACUUGUGCCAUUGGAUGACAUCGCGAUUUAUGACCUAACAGACACACUCCUAGUUCGAUACGGCAGGACAUAUCACAAAGUGCGACACAUUUAUUCCUUGAUGUGUCCCGUGAUGUGGUUGCAUAUCAGAAGUGCAAUCCUUCUUCUGCGCGGGCAAAACGCUAAAGCAACAAUGGUUCGCCCUGGUAUAUAUAUUGAUAUAUAAUAUAUAUACCAAUAUAUUUAUAUACCCGGUAUUAUCCUGCUGUCUCGCCCACUGGUUUCUGUUUGCGCUUCAUGGCGGCCUCUCGUAAGCUGGACCACCUUAGCCUGUUCAGGGUUAUAGGGUUUGCGCGGUUGAGAAAAGCUAUCCGCAGAAUAUGUGUAUGUACCUUCAGCGCCCAGCAACUGGUACGUACCAACGCACCUGUGUACUGGUUGGGUGAUGGAUGGUAUAGUAGCUGGCAAACACCCCGUAAAUAACUAUAUGCAGCAUAUGGGGGUAUUCCCAGCCAGCCGUACAGGCAACAGGACAAGCAAACGCGACAUCCCUAUAUCAUAAACCCGGUUGACUCGUGUGUAUAAACAGCUCACCCACAAACACAAUUCUCGUGAGUCAAGUAGCUAACUCUGUACUUCCACAACAAGACAACAGGACAUGUCAACAUAUAAUUCUGCUCAGGUCACAGGCACUACCCUUGCACAUGCACCUACACCUUUAGCCACAUACUCGUGCUUGGCAUUGUCGGCCUUGAGCCGUUCGUUCUCGGCCUUGAGUUGUUCCAGUUCGCUGAGCAUCUGUUUCUUCUUCAUUACUGGCGAGCUCGCAGUCGCCGAGACAUUCGGCUGCACCCCAAACAAGCCGGGAACAGACGGUGAAUAUAUGAGUAAUAUCACAACCGAUACACACACACACACACACACACACACACAUACAUACAUACAUAUAUAUAUAUGUGUGUGUGUGUGUGUGUGCGUGUGUGCGUUACAAAAUAAAUAUUGAUGAAGAAACAUUCUUCGGUUCAUACGUAUAAAUAAAUAUAGACGUGUCUGAAUGGACAUACGAUAUAUACGCUUAUGUAUACACUUAGAAUAUAUACACAAUCAUUAUACGGACAGACCAUCCCGAUACUGUC